AUGGCAAGGCCACAUGUUAUGGUUGUACCUUACCCAGUACAAGGGCAUGUGAUUCCUCUAAUGGAGCUUUCACUCUACUUAGUCAAACAUGGUAUCAAAAUAACUUUUGUAAACACUAAAGAUAAUCAUGAGAGGAUCCUGAGUUCAUUUCCAAGUGGAAAUGAUUCAUUAUCUCAGAUUUGUCUAGUGUGGAUAUCUGAUGGAUUAGAAUCCUCAGAGGAGAGGAAAAAGCCAGGGAAAUCAUCUGAAGCAGUAUUGAGGGUUAUGCCAGAGAAAGUUGAGGAGCUAAUUGAAUGCAUCAAUGGAUCAGAAAGUGAAAAGAUUACAUGUGUACUUGCUGAUCAGAGCAUUGGAUGGGCCCUUGAUAUUGCAGAGAAGAAGGGAAUUCAAAGAGCAGCUUUCUGUCCUGCAGCAGCAGCACAGUUGGUGUUAGGAUUGAGCAUCCCUAAGUUGAUUGAGAAUGGGAUCAUUGACAAAGAUGGAACUCCACUGGAAAAACAGGUCAUUCAGCUAUCUCCCACAAUUCCCAGUGUAAGUACAGAAGACCUUGUCUGGGUUUGUGUGGGGAACCAGAUUGCUCAGAAGCAUAUUUUUCAACUAAUGAUGAAAAACAUCAAGUCUAUGAAGAUAACUGAAUGGCUGCUUUGCAAUUCAACUUAUGAACUUGAGCCUGCUGCACUUUCUCUGGCUCCUGAAAUCAUACCCAUAGGGCCACUUCUAUCAAGCAAUCAGCUUGGAUAUUCUGCAGGAAACUUCUGGUCCCAAGACCUGACUUGUUUGAAAUGGCUAGAUCAACAGUCACCAUGUUCAGUAAUAUAUGUUGCAUUUGGAAGCUUUACAACUUUUAAUCCUACACAGUUCCAAGAACUGUGUUUGGGUCUUGAACUGUCCAAUAGACCUUUCCUUUGGGUUGUGCAACCAGACAUCACAGAGGGGACAAAAUAUGCAUAUCCAGAAGGAUUUGAAGAAAGGGUUGCUAAACAUGGUAGAAUGGUAGGUUGGGCACCACAGCAGAAAAUUCUGAGUCAUUCUUCAGUUGCUUGCUUCAUAAGCCAUUGCGGUUGGAACUCCACAAUGGAAAGUGUCAGCAAUGGGAUCCCAAUCUUGUGCUGGCCUUGCUUUGCUGAUCAAUUCCUAAAUAGGAGCUAUAUCUGUGAUGUUUGGAAGGUAGGACUGGGGCUUGAAAGAGAUGGAAGUGGCAUAAUCACACAAAGUGAAAUCAUAAGCAAAAUUGAGAAACUUUUUAAUGAUGAACAUGUGAAAGCAAGGGCUGCAGAUCUCAAGGAGAAGGUUCAAACUAGCACUGGACAAGGUGGUUUGUCAAAUAGUAAUCUAGAUAGUUUCAUCAGCUGGAUAAAAAACAUAAAGUAG